AUGAUGAUUAUUGAAAACUUAAAUCAUAAAAAUACAAAUAUCAAAAGUAACUUAAUAUGCAAAAGCUUUUUAACAAAAGAUAUACAAAAUCAUAAAGCUAAUAUUCCAUUAAUUAAUGUACAACAGUCAUCAUCAAAUCAUCUACAAGAACUUCAUUGUCAAGAAUUAUUAUACAAUAAUAAUAAAAUACAGUUAUUACAUUGUGCAGAAAAAACAAGAAAAUUAUUAAAUAAUCUUAUUAAAUUUAACAAUAAAUAUGAAUGGAUAAUACAUUACCCACUUUCAUACAAUAAUAACGAAUUAUAUAAAAUUAAUAAAAAAGAUAUUGAAAAAAGUAAAUCUAAAAAAAAAUUAGAUUUUUUAAUAAGAACAAAGAGCUGUGAACACAUUUAUUUUAUCAAUAAUAAAAAUCAAGAAAAAUAUAAUUUUAAAAUAUUUUGCAAUCAACUUAAUGUUUUAAAACUCGACUUAAGAUUUGGUGGAAUAGCUACAGUUGAAUUAACACAACUUGAAAAAUCAACUAUUAGACCAUUAUUAAACAAAAAAAUAAUUGAAAACAUUAAACACAUAGAAAUGCUUAUAAAAAGAAUCAAAAAUAAUUCAUCUAGGAUACUUGUUACAGGUGAUUUAAAUUCAGGAAAGUCAGCAUUUUGUAAUGCUCUUUUAAGACAAAAAAUUCUUCCAGAAGAUCAGCAACCUUGUACAGAAGUUUUUUGUGAAAUCCUUGACUCAUACGGAAAUUUUGGAAAAGAAGAAGUACAUGCAAUCCCACAUGGAAUAAAAUAUAACCAACAAGAUUCAAGUACAUAUACAAUUUUAAAAAUUCACGAUCUUAAUAAGAUAGUCAUUGAUUCAGAAAAAUGGUCUUAUAUAAAAAUCUAUAUUAAUGACAAACGUACAAAAAAUGAAAGCAUUUUAAGAAAUGGAACUUUAGAUAUAGCUUUAAUCGAUAGCCCUGGCCUUAAUUUUAACUCGAUAACAACAACAGCACUAUUUUCUAAACAAGAAGAAAUAGAUAUCAUUAUAUUCGUCGUAAAUGCAGAAAAUCAUUUUACACUAUCUGCAAAAGAAUUUAUAUGUAAUGCUACAAAUGAAAAAGCAUUAAUUUUUAUUGUUGUUAAUAAAUUUGAUAAUAUUAAGGACAAACAACGAUGCAAAAAUAUACUUUUGAAUCAAAUUAUUGAACUUUCUCCCGAAACAUAUCAUAACGCAUCAGAGCUAAUACAUUUUGUAAGCUCAAUUCUUAUUUCUGAAAAUAAAACACUUGAUAACAGUAAUUUUGAAAAACUUGAAAAAGAUCUGAGAACAUUUAUUUUAGAAAAAAGAACAGAAUCAAAACUUUUACCAGGGAAAAUCUAUUUAAAAAACUUAUUAGCUGACAUUAAAAUACUAUGUGAAACAAACAAACAAGAAACAAAUUUUCAAUUACAAAAUCUAAAAAAAGAACUAAAACAAAUAAUUCCUAUCUAUGAACAAAUAUUAGAAGAAAAAAAAAAAGCAUUAAAUGAAGUCAGAAAAAUAAUUGAAAAUAUUUGUUCUUUAACAUCAAGGUAUACAUAUGAGCAUUUAUCGGCUGCAAUUGCAAAAAUAGAAGAUAUUAAACCGUGUGACUACCAAGGAUUCCUUAAAGCUUAUAAUUAUGCUAUAAAAACCAAAAAAAAAAUGCUAAAUUAUAUUGAAUUAACUAUAAACGAUUCAGAAAAUUUCGCAAAAAUAAACACAAACAAGGGUAUAAAUAAAAUUAAUAAUUUAGGAAUAAUACAUAUGAAGUCUUUUAAAAAAAAAAUCUUUCAACCACAAUAUAUGUUUUCUAAACAGAGAAAUAUUCUAAAAACAAUUCCUAUUGAUAUUAAUUUUUUCGAUUUCAUAGAUUUUAAACAAGAUAAACAUAUAUCUACAACAUUAACUAUAACUGCCUGUACUAUUUUAGGAGGAAGAGUUGUAGGAUAUCAUAAUAUUAUUACCGCAGUGCUUAACACAUUUAAUAUUAUUGGGUUAAGAAAUUUUAAAAAAUUAACUAUUCCUUUUAUUUGUUUAGCAGUCUUUAGUAUAUGUAGCUAUGUUGUUUUAAGCAUACCAAAAGUAAUUCCUAAAAAAAUAGCAAAAAAAAUCAAACAAGAAUUUAAAAAUUCCAAUUUUAUUUAUCAAAAUUCACUAAGAAUUACAUCAGAAUGCAGAAAAGUUCUAAAAUAUCCUCAAAAAGAUUUACAUUAUCUAUUUCAAAAAACCAUAAAAAAACAAUAUUCUAGAAAAAAAGAAAUUUUAAAAAGCAGCAAAAUUUCAAAACAUGCUAGUAAUUUUUUUACUAAACUUAGUUUGCAAGUUGAACAACAGUACGAAGAACUUAAUAGUAUUAACAUUAGACAGUCAUAG